AUGGUUGCUAAAAAACGUACUCAAUUAAGAGCAAAGGCGAUGCGCCAGCGGCGCAACUCUUCUGAGGCUAUGGAGACAGAAGAGCUUCCCCCGGAUCCGAAGGCCUUCCUACACCAGUUGCGUGAGUCCAAACGUGAAAAGCAGCUUAACCGGUCACAAAGCUUCCUCAACAGGCUGCGGGACCAAGCCGGUAAUGGUGGGAUAUCCAAGUCUGCGCUUCGCCGCCGGAAGAAGAGAAUGAAGGAGGAGUUGAAGCCAAGGAUGGAAGACCUACUGACCAGUUUGAAAGAGGAGGGAGUACUGGAAGAAGAUGAGUCAGGGGAGCUUGCAGCGGUGACGGGUGUCACUGCUAUCACGGCAUCGAAUGGGUACAGCGGUCUGCACGAUACAGCUGAGGCUUGCGGGACAGUCCGUAUCCGGAAGAACGAACCUAGCAUACGUACACAGAGGGGCGCGAAGCUGCUGACUACCAAAGAACAGGAACGCUUUACCAAAGUAAUUAGCAACGAGCGCUUUCGCAGCAGUCCCUUUGAGACGCUGCGGGAGAUUAUUAAAUCUCGGAAGUAG